ACUUUGCGUUUGACGGGGAAAGCGGCGGGAGAGCGGCAGUCUAAUCUCAAAUUUAAUUAAUCCUUUUUAUGCUGAGCAUAUAUUAAGUAAGUAGUGUGGAUUUAAUCGUGUAACUAAGGCUUACGUUGGGUGAAACCUAAGCGCUCCAGCAACAAUGGCGAAGGUACAGGUGCUGAAUGUGGCUGUCCUGGAUAACCCGAGUCCUUUUGGAAAUCCCUUUCAGUUUGAAAUAACGUUCGAGUGUAUGGAGGAUCUCCCUGAAGACCUGGAAUGGAAGAUCAUCUAUGUGGGCUCAGCAGAGAGUGAAGAGUAUGAUCAAAUCCUCGACUCCGUCUUGGUUGGUCCUGUACCUGCUGGGAGACAUAUGUUUGUGUUUCAGGCUGAUGCCCCAAACACUGGAUUGAUUCCUGAAAGUGAUGCUGUUGGUGUAACUGUAGUGCUGAUUACCUGCACAUACCGCGGCCAAGAGUUCAUUCGCAUUGGUUACUAUGUGAACAAUGAAUACACAGAUCCAGAACUUCGUGAAAAUCCUCCAAUCAAGCCAGACUACACACAGCUCCAGAGAAAUAUUUUAGCAUCAAACCCGCGUGUUACCAGAUUCCAUAUAAACUGGGAAGGCUGCGCAGAGCGAAUGGAAGACUCUGAAAACGUGGAUCCUUCUUCAAACUCCAUGCUCCCGCCAUCCUGUCUCCCAGGCAAGGCUCCACCUUUGGGAAUAUUACCAGAUAACUCUAUGGACUUCUUAUAGAGAUCCCCCCUGCCUAAAGGUGAUGACUCACGAGAUGUUACAUUUGAAGAAUGCCUAUGGACAUUCUAGUGUGGAAGAAUGGAUGUACAGACAUCCCUGCCUUACAGCUGCCCUUAUUUUCCUGAAACUUCUCAAAAAAUGAACUGUCACCUUGGCCUUCAAAUGAACAUUUGUUCCAAGGACGAGUCUGAACAUCCUACUGGAAUGAUUGUAAUUUAUAGAUGGAUAGUCCCUUGCCAUGAAAGCAAUAUUGAAGUAUGGAAAGGAAACAGCAACUACAACCGCAACUGCAGCUGAACUGAAACAUACGAAAGCUGGUGCAUGAUUCACCUUCCUUCCUUUUGUUGGUGCAGAACGGAUUUGUACCCAUUUAAGAGGAUUUCAGCACUGAAGCAAUAGGCAAGUAAAUUGCAAUAUGUUGCUGUACAGGAAUUUGAUAAUCUGCAAUUAUAUUUGUGUUCACAAUGCACUUAGACUUUUUCCCACUUAGAUUGAGGAGUUUUGGAUGGGCUUUGUAUGGGCUAUGUUACCUCCUCCAUGUUUUUUUUUUUUUUUUAAUUCCUGUUUUCAAAUUUGUGUUCCAAAUAAAACAUUGUAUUUGUCA